AUGGUGCAGCAGGUACAAAGGAUGCCUAAGCUGCCUUCAGCGCUGCCCAUCGACGAAUUGUCCAAGAACAGUCCCAUUGAUAAGUCCAACACAGAGAAACGACUGUUCUCGCAGAAUCUGAAAUGCCUAUACCACCUGCACGCUGUUGUGCAAGUACUAGAGAAGACCAGUGAGUACCAAAUUCCCAUUUAUAUGGUAAUUGUAGACUAUGAGAAAGCUUUUGACUCAAUCCAGCAUAAAGCGGUCUUCGAGGCACUGAAACAGCAUGGUGUCGAGGACAAGUACAUAAACAUUCUAAAAGAGACAUAUAAGGAAGGCACAGCACAAGUAAGAACUGAUAUCCUGGGCAGAAAAAUUCCGAUUAUGAAAGGCAAGGCGACCUAUUAUCACAGUAAUGUUCACAGCAGCACUGGAACAAAUCUUCAACAGAAUCAGAAAAUGCCUAUGUGCUUGAAGAAGAAAAUCAUGGAUACAGUAAUAAUGCCAACAAUGACAAAUGGAGCAGAGACGUGGUCAAUCACAAAACAUCAAAAAGAAAUGUUUGAUGUGACACAGAGGAGCAUGGAAAGAGCAAUGCUUAACAUAACAAGAAAAGAUGAUAUCCAGAAUGAAUAA